AUGGCACCUGGGGGCAUCAGGAUCAACGACUUCUGCGCUGCCUUCCUCGCCCUGUUCUUCCUCCGCCCUCUCUUGGCGUGCCCCGAAGAACACCGGCUGGCCCUCCUCGAGUUCAAGUCCGCCCUCGUCGGGGAGCCAGUGGCGGCAGGCCCCGCCUGCGUGCUGGACUCGUGGGGAGGUCACCGGAGAGCCGACUGCUGCCGGUGGGAGGGGAUCACCUGCGACCACCGCCGGCCGGAGAGGCCGGUCACCGGCGUCGCCGUGCCCGGCUGCAACACCCUGCGGGAAGCGGCGGUGGCGGCGGCGCUUACGCCGCUGCUCCGGAUACGAACCCUGAGGGUUCUGAAUCUCGCCGACAACCGUCUCCGGGGAGAGCUCCCCGCCGGAGGGACGAGCUUGGCCGGCCUGCCGAGCUUGGAGGAACUCGACCUGCGCAGAAACUCUCUCAGCGGGGGCCUCUCCAGCGAGAUCGGACGCCUGAGGAGCCUCCGCUCGCUGGUGCUCGACGAGAACUCCCUCUCCGGCGAGAUCCCGCCGGAUAUCGGGGAGCUCGGCGGGCUCCGGCAGUUGUCUCUGCGCCAGAACCAGCUCUCCGGAGGGAUCCCCGGCUCGAUCGUCCGCCUGCGGGAGCUUCAGAUCCUGGAUCUCGGCAACAACUCUCUGUCGUCGGAGAUUCCCGGAGAGAUCGGAGAGCUCGCCAAUCUCUCUGCCCUCUGCCUGGGAAGGAACAGGCUAUCCGGCGGGAUCCCGGAGACGGUGAGGGCGAUGAGCCGCCUGCGGGAGCUCCGCCUCGGCGAGAACCUGCUCUCCGGUGAGAUCCCCGGCUGGCUGUUCACGAUCAGGACCUUGGAGGUGCUGGAUCUGGGGAGUAACAGCCUCACCUGGAGGAAUGGCGCAGACAUGAGGACCGACUGCGUCCUCUCCUGGCUGUCGCUGAGAUCCUGCGGAAUCUCCGGCGAGCUCCCCCGGUGGCUGUCGAGGCAGACGAAGCUCGAUUUCCUGGAUCUCGGGAAGAACAGGAUCAACGGGAGCAUCCCGGAGUGGCUCGCCGAGAUCGAGAUCGGAGGUCUGAUCCUGCCCGAGAACAACCUGACGGGACCUCUCCCCUCCCGGAUGUUCCAGUCGCAGAGCCUCUCUGUGCUCGACCUCUCCGGCAACAACCUUAGCGGGGAGUUGCCGGAGAACAUCGGGAACGCCACGGCGAUCAUUAUGCUCCUCCUCGGCGGGAACAACUUCUCCGGCGCGCCGCCGCCGUCCCUCUCCAAGAUCCGCCGCUUGAUGAUGCUGGAUCUUUCCAAGAACCGCUUCUCCGGCGAUCGGUUUCCAAGAUUGGACGAGGAGCCCUUUCUCUCCUUCGUCGAUCUUUCCUCCAACCGACUCUCCGGCGAGGUCCCGACGAGCUUCGGCUCGGAGAUGAAGUUCCUCGAUCUCAGCGAGAACCAAUUUUCCGGUGGCCUCCCUCGGAACCUCUCCUCCAUGCCCUUGCUCCUCCACCUCGACCUCCACAGCAACAGGAUCUCCGGCCAGCUACCCGGAACCUUAGCCGGGAUCCCAACCCUAAGAUCUCUGAUCCUCAGGAGCAACCUCUUCGAGGGACAGAUCCCCGCUGUGAUCUCCGAGCUGCCGGCCCUCCAGAUCCUCGAUCUCUCCGGCAACAGAUUCACCGGUGGGAUCCCACCAGAAUUGGGAAAUCUCAGAGGGAUGAUCCGAGCGCCCUCUCUGUCCUUCGCUGUGCGGGACGUCUUCACCUUCGAUCUCGCCUCCGCCGACGUCUCCGUGGUGUUGAAGGGGAAGUUGCAGAAGCUGGAGAGGGGGAACCUCGACAUCUACUCCACUUUGGAUCUGUCCGGCAACGAGCUUUCCGGCGAGAUGCCUCCCUCCCUCGGCAAUCUCAGAGCUCUGAAGCUGCUCAACGUCUCCGGCAACAAUCUCCGUGGGGAGAUCCCCGCGGAGAUCGGAGAUCUGGAGAGCGUGGAAACUCUCGAUCUGUCGCAGAACGAUCUCUCCGGUGGCGUGCCGCAGACCUUCGUCCGCCUGAGGGCGCUUGCAGUGCUGCGAUUAGGCGGCAACAGGCUCGCCGGCCCCAUCCCCGACGGCGGCCAGAUGAGCACCAUGGACGAGACCUCCUUCGCGAACAACAGCGGCCUCUGCGGGAGCCAAAUCAGAGUUCUCUGCUCGAGAUCGCAGCCGCCAUGGAAGAACCCUAACCAGAGCCACGGAGAGCCGUGGUUCUUCUGGAGAGGGGUAGCCGUCGGGUAUCCCGUCGGCCUGUGCCUCGCCAUAUCGGCCUUAUAUUUUGUCGGAGUUUUCGGCCCGACGGCGAACCCACCGCCGCCCCGCCAUCGGUGGGGCCGCUGA